UUCGAUCUUUGUUGCAGCGGUAGCUUGAGCGGCGGAAGCAGCAGCAGCGUCUCGCUGGAACGGGAGAAAAUCACCUCCUGCGUCCUUCCGGUCGAAAAAGAGAAGGCCUAUUUCGUGAAAGAGGGAUUGCUGCACUGCAAAAUCACCGAAAUCGAUGGAAAGAGAUUCGGAGAUCGUUCUUGGAAGCAAGUUUGGGCUGUUCUUAAAGGUCCCAAGUUGUUCCUCUACAAAGACAGACAUCACCUGAGUCCAGUUGGCACAUCAGAGGUCGCGGACCAGAGCUUAGCAAGCGGUGUAGAUUUGCGAGGAAGUUGCGUCCAGGUUGCAGGGGAUUACACGAAGAGAAAGCAUGUCCUUCGAUUGUCCUCUGUGAUACCGUGCAGAUCAGAGCUACUACUUCAAGCAGAAAACCCGGCGCAUUUGGCGGAAUGGUUUCAGGCUUUCCAGGAGCAGAGCGCGAACAGCACCGAAAUCGAAGCGAAAUUGAAUCAGAUCGCUGGUGCCGAUAAACAGCGUGCGAUGCCUCAGGCCAUCCCAGCCACCACCAGCAUUCAAGAGCCGCAGACCAAGUCGAAGCUGACAAGUCUUCGGAACCGCUCGCCGACCGGACAGUCACCGGUGUCCAAAACGAGGAAACCGUCGCAGAUCAACGACCCCUCGACCAGUCCCAAAUCGAAAACAUGGCGAGGCAGGUUCUCAAAGCAGCUGAAGAGGAUUCACCAGAGCGCGAGCUCUCCGAACUCGCCGACCGCUCCGGAAGGUUCAACUUUCGGGAACCCACUAGAACACUGUCUUCCAUCGCGGUACAAUUCGUGUGUUCCGCGUUUAGUCGAAACGUGCACGGAAAUUGUGGAGAGGAAAGGACUCGAAAUAGUCGGUAUCUACAGGGUGCCGGGUAAUAGUGCAGCAGUUACGGCCUUGACCGAAGAAGUGAACAAGUGUUACGACGAGGUUCCCCAAAUCGAUGAGCGAUGGAAGGACAUCCAUGUCGUCAGCAGUCUGCUCAAAUCGUUCUUCCGUAAAAUGCCCGAUCCCCUCGUUACCUCCGUGGGAUACACGAACUUCGUUGAAGCCGAUAAGAUCGAAGAUCCGACAAGCAGAGUGAACGAGAUUCGAAGGCUCGUUAAGAGCCUUCCACCACACAAUUACAACACACUCAGGCAUCUGAUAAUGCACUUAAAGCGGGUCGCGGAGCAUUCGGAUUCGAACAAGAUGGAAGUGAAGAAUCUGGCAAUUGUCUUCGGCCCUACCAUAGUACGGACCUGUAGCAAUGACAUGGAAGCCAUGGUCACUGAUAUGACCAAUCAAUGCAAAAUCGUCGAAUCACUACUUACACACGCUGAUUGGUUCUUCGCCGACGACGAGGGCGAAGAUCUGGAGCUUCCAGCGCCGAUUGCCACCGGGGAAAUAUUUACGAAUGAGCCUGAAAUCAACACGGCGUUGCUCAAAGACAACAUUAGUAAAGUGGGAGGACACACAAAAGACCAUAAGAUGCGCAAAUCGUGGACGUCCAAGUAUAAGAGGAAAAACACGAAAGCAGAGACCAAGACAGAUGCGUCCUCGCCGAACGGUUUCAAGGAAUUCAUUACACACAGCAAUGUCGACACUAGAAACAGCAACAAAACUGAUCUCAAAGAAAGUACAAGUGAACAUAAACCAAAUAUAAUACCAACGACGGUGACGGAAAUGGAAGGUGGAGCGUCACGGGUCUCAGAAGCCAGCAAGGAUGAAAGCAGAAGGAGGAUAGGCAGUUUUAUACAGGAGAACUUGCACGAUGCGCCAUUCAAUUAUAAGAAGGGAAACGAGGACUUCAGGAGGCGGGUGGAGAAUUUCAUCCAGGAGACGCAGUCGCAGCUGCAGAGACCUAGAAAGCCGGAGACGAGCAGUAAUAACAGUCUUGAGAUGAGGACGAAUCCAAUAAGCUCGUCUGCGAGUAACGUGAGGCUGUCAUUAGCUGUGAAUCCUGCAGGAGAUCAGAGGACGAUCACCAAAACGCACAGCGCGUCGAACGUUUUCUCGCGACCAAUCAACGUGGAGAAUGGUAGGAAUACCAUCGGAGGAUCUACGGUGCAAUGCUUCAAGCCUACCUAUUACUAUAAUUUAGAUGACAGGGACCACACGAACAGUGCUAAGGACAGCUGCAGCGACGUCAGCUCGACGUCGAGCGACUCGAGGUGCAAACCCUCAGUCAGACCGAGUCCUUUUCUUAUUAGACGGGGAAGCUCGGAAAACCUUAACAUUACAAGCAAUGGCAACUUGAAAAAGAUCAAGUAUGAGAGUGAGAGCGACGGCGGACAGAAAAUGGGUUCUUCGGAUUCGCUGAAUAAAUUAUCCGCAGAUGAUGGCGGUGAUUUGUUGACGUCCAUAACGAAGAUUUUUGACGAGAAGAUCUCGUCGUCGCACAAGCAGUCGCCGCUCACGAUGGAGAAUAUACCGUUUGUGGACGAGUCUCCGGAGAAGAUCUCGCGGCUUCCGAUCAACGCUGGCAGCUAUGUGAACAAGGAGAAUAUUCCUGGUUCGCCAAAGACGUACAGGAAUCCGAGCCUCCACAAGAGCCAGUACAGUCAAAUACCGAAAUUUCUCACCUCCAAUUACGUGAGCGCUAAGCAGAAGGAGAAGCAGGAGGACAAGGAGAAGGACGAGGAUUCCACGAUGUGCCUGAGUGUGCCUGAUAACGAGAGGCAUCUCAACAAGAAGGUAAACAUCCUGGGAUCAAAACUGAAGAGGUCCGAGUCUCUUAACAAGCCGGAACGCACUGCAUCCCCUUUGAGUAACAAACUGAAGCGUUCGGAGAGUUUGAACAAGGCGACGGAGAAGCUGAAACGAUCGGACAGCCUGACUAAGUACGAGAAAACCGAGAGCAACAUAAGCAAAAAGCGUGAGAUCAACAGCGGCCUUUCGAGGAGAACGACCAAGGAUUUCGCCAAGCUGAAGAGGAAGAACGGUAUGCCGGAGCGAUCGAUCAAAAGAAGGCACACGGUUGGCGGGACCAAGGAUCCGGAUAAAGUGAACCUCCUGGAUAAUCGCCGCCAGGAGGAGCUCAGCGACGUGAACGAGAACACUAAGGAGAAGAACCUGAGAACUUCAUCUCCGGACUUAUCUUCGACGCGCAGGGACCGUUACCUUUUCGAGGUUAACCUCAUCGGACACGAGAACAUGGUCUUCGCAUACCAGCACUUGAUCCGCGGCAGACCACAGAGCUUCCCCGAGAGUUCCGUCUACAAACUACCCCUAGAAUCUCACGUCUAGAAGAAGCACGCUUAAACAUAUUAAGUAUAGUUCAAUAUUUGAGUCUGUCUGUGCCUUACGCUCUCUCUCUUCCCUAAAUAAAAAAAAAGUAUAAUUGAGAUACAGACUGAUGAAGAAUGAAGUGCAAUCAAUCAUCAUUACCUAGAAACAAACAAAAAAUACGAGCGUUACUACAGGAGAAAAACAACAACAUGAAGUUUCAUAAUUAAGUUAUCCCAUAAAUGCAUAUAUUAUAUAUUUUUUUUUGUAAUUUAAUUUGUUUUGUAAAAAGAGAAAUCUAAUUUCCUUCUACCCGCAAAUGCGCGCAUUUAUUAUUUGUUAUUAUUUAUUUAAAACUUAAAAAAAACCCAAGAACUCCGGCUUCAAUUUAAAAAGGAAACAAGAUAUUUAAAAC